AACCUGCCUGCGCAUCAUCACAUCACACCACUCUGCUGUUGCAGUGUCCGUUGGAGCUGUUGUCCGUGACCUCAUCGUGAUGUGAUCUUUUUCACCCCAUCAUCACAGUGAAUCCUCAUAUCAGAUGGACUCCAUUAAAUUAUCUGUGUAAUUUAGUUGUGCAACAGUUCCAGGAUUACGUGUCAGUUUAUCUCCACCGUGUUUGCAGCCUGCUCGGGUCGUCCAGCCAUGGCACAGCCGGACAGUGCUGCCAAGAAGAGCGCCGGCGUUUCUCACUUUCUGGUGGGGUCUGUGUCGGAGGAGAACUCUGAGGAUGAAAUCCAGGGAAAGGCGGAUGUUCAGCUGGAGGAGAAAGAGCCUCGCUCCCUGUCGCCGUCCUCUGGGAGCUCCGACAGCACUUAUGAGAUGGGGUUUGAAAACAUUGAAGGCCCCACGCACAAUCUCAGACCAAGUAUGUCUGGACUACAUUUGAUGAAACAAGGCCGAGAUCGCAGGAGGAUCGAUCUCCAAAGAGACUUCACGGUCGCAUCUCCGGCUGAGUUUGUCACCCGCUUUGGCGGUAACAAGGUCAUCGAAAAGGUGCUCAUCGCCAACAAUGGCAUUGCAGCUGUGAAAUGCAUGCGCUCCAUCAGACGGUGGGCCUAUGAGAUGUUUCGCAAUGAAAGGGCGAUUCGUUUUGUUGUCAUGGUGACCCCAGAAGACCUGAAAGCCAAUGCAGAAUACAUCAAAAUGGCAGAUCAUUAUGUACCCGUGCCAGGAGGCACCAAUAACAACAACUAUGCCAAUGUUGAACUUAUUCUGGACAUUGCUAAACGCAUACCUGUGCAGGCAGUGUGGGCAGGAUGGGGCCAUGCCUCUGAGAACCCCAAACUCCCAGAACUCCUUCAUAAGCACGGCAUUGCUUUCAUGGGUCCUCCAAGUCAGGCUAUGUGGGCUCUUGGAGACAAGAUUGCUUCUUCUAUUGUGGCUCAGACAGCUGGUAUUCCAACUCUCCCCUGGAGUGGAUCAGGUUUGAUAGUUGAGUGGACAGAGAACAACCAGAAGAAGAAAGUCAUCAAUGUUCCUCCUGACUUGUAUGAGCUGGGCUGCACCCAGGACGUGGAGAGUGGUCUCAAAGCUGCAGAGAAGAUAGGUUUCCCAGUGAUGGUGAAAGCUUCAGAAGGUGGAGGAGGUAAAGGGAUUCGGAAAGUCAACACAGCUGAAGACUUCCCUAACCUCUUUAGACAGGUCCAGGCAGAGGUUCCAGGAUCUCCCAUUUUUGUCAUGCAGCUGGCCAAGCACGCCCGCCACUUGGAAGUUCAGAUUUUGGCUGAUCAGUAUGGAAACGCCAUUUCCCUCUUUGGCAGAGACUGUUCUGUGCAGCGACGUCAUCAGAAGAUCAUCGAGGAGGCUCCUGCUACCAUAGCCACUUCAGAUGUGUUUGAAGACAUGGAAAAGUGUGCAGUAAGACUGGCAAAGAUGGUCGGAUAUGUCAGUGCAGGUACCGUGGAGUAUCUUUACAGCCAGGACGGCAGUUUUUACUUCCUGGAGCUCAACCCCCGUCUUCAGGUGGAACACCCCUGUACUGAGAUGGUGGCUGAUGUCAACCUGCCAACUGCUCAGUUGCAGAUUGCUAUGGGAAUCCCUCUUCAUCGGAUCAAAGACAUCAGGGUGCUUUAUGGGCUCCAGCCCUGGGGAGACUGUCCUAUUGACUUUGAGGGCCUGUCCAAUACCCCCAGCCCACGAGGCCAUGUUAUUGCUGCACGCAUCACCAGUGAAAACCCUGAUGAGGGGUUCAAGCCAAGCUCUGGAACAGUGCAGGAGCUGAACUUUCGCAGCAACAAAAACGUGUGGGGCUACUUUAGCGUUGCAGCAGCUGGAGGGCUACAUGAGUUCGCAGACUCUCAGUUUGGACACUGCUUUUCUUGGGGGGAGAACCGUGAAGAGGCUAUCUCAAACAUGGUGGUGGCUCUGAAGGAGCUGUCUAUAAGAGGAGACUUCAGAACCACAGUGGAAUACCUCAUCAAGCUGCUAGAGACUGAAAGCUUUCAGCAUAACAGUAUUGACACAGGAUGGCUGGACAGACUCAUUUCAGAGAAGAUGCAGGCGGAGCGCCCCGAUACCAUGCUGGGAAUUGUGAGUGGUGCUCUGCAUGUGGCGGAUGUCAGUCUGAGAAACAGUGUGUCCAACUUCCUGCAUUCCCUGGAAAGGGGUCAGGUUCUACCCGCGCACACACUACUCAACACUGUGGAUGUGGAGUUGAUUUAUGAAGGCACCAAGUACGUCCUGACAGUCACUCGUCAGUCUCCCAACUCGUACGUGGUCAUCAUGAACAAAUCUUUGGCGGAGGUUGAUGUCCAUCGGCUCAGUGAUGGAGGACUCUUGUUGUCUUAUGAUGGAAGCAGCUACACUACAUACAUGAAGGAAGAAGUGGACAGGUACCGGAUCACAAUUGGGAACAAGACUUGUGUUUUUGAGAAGGAGAACGAUCCCUCCCUGCUACGAUCUCCUUCAGCAGGAAAGAUCAUUCAGUACACAGUGGAGGAUGGUGGCCAUUUGUUUGCUGGCCAGUGUUAUGCUGAAAUAGAGGUCAUGAAGAUGGUCAUGACCCUCACUACAUCCGAGUCCGGAUGCAUUCACUACGUGAAGCGAGCUGGAGCAGCGUUGGAGCCUGGCUGCAUCAUUGCCAAACUGCAACUGGAUGACCCGAGCAGAGUGCAGCAGGCCGAGCUGUACACUGGGACACUACCUUCCAUCCAGGCUGUGGCUCUUAGAGGGGAGAAGCUUCACAGGGUCUUUCACAGCACACUGGAUCACCUCGUUCAUGUGAUGAAUGGCUACUGCCUUCCAGAGCCUUUCUUUGGUGUUAAAUUGAAAGAGUGGGUGGAGCGGCUCAUGAAAACCAUGCGGGAUCCAUCUUUGCCACUGUUGGAGCUUCAAGACAUCAUGACGAGCGUCUCGGGCCGGAUCCCCCCUGCUGUGGAGAAGGCCAUCAAGAAGGAGAUGGCUCAGUAUGCCAGCAACAUCACCUCUGUGCUCUGCCAGUUCCCCAGCCAGCAGAUUGCAAACAUCUUGGACAGCCAUGCUGCUACACUCAACAAGAAGUCAGAGAGAGAAGUGUUCUUCAUGAACACACAAAGCAUUGUUCAGCUGGUGCAGAAGUACCGCAGUGGCAUUCGGGGUCACAUGAAAGCUGUGGUGAUGGACUUACUGAGGCAAUAUCUGAAAGUUGAGAUACAGUUCCAGAAUGGACAUUAUGACAAAUGUGUGUUUGCAUUGCGUGAGGAAAACAAAGGAGACAUGGCCAAUGUCCUCAACUACAUCUUCUCCCAUGCUCAAGUCACCAAAAAAAACCUGCUGGUUACCAUGCUGAUUGACCAGCUCUGUGGCCGUGAUCCCACCCUGACGGAUGAACUGAUGACCAUUUUGACUGAACUCACCCAACUAAGCAAAACAACUAACGCUAAAGUAGCAUUGCGGGCUCGCCAGGUGCUUAUAGCUUCCCACCUUCCAUCCUAUGAGCUGCGACACAAUCAGGUGGAGUCCAUUUUCCUCUCUGCCAUUGACAUGUACGGGCACCAGUUCUGCAUUGAGAACCUGCAGAAACUCAUCCUUUCAGAGACAUCCAUCUUCGAUGUUCUACCCAACUUCUUCUAUCACAGUAAUCAGGUAGUAAGGAUGGCUGCCCUCGAGGUGUACGUUCGCAGAGCAUACAUCGCCUACGAGCUCAACAGCGUUCAGCAUCGACAGCUGAAGGACAACACGUGUGUGGUGGAGUUUCAGUUCAUGCUUCCAACCUCUCAUCCCAACAGAGGGAACAUCCCCACUCUAAACAGGAAAAUGUCCGCUCCAGUCCCGGGCAGAAAAAAAGCCAAGGACACUAGAUUGCCGAAAACAAAACCGCUGGACCUAAUAGCACAGGAUAGUGAGUCUCAGGAUGGUAAUACGGAGAAGAAUAAUACCUCAGAUUUGGAAUCUACAGACAGGAUGUCUUUUUCAUCGAAUCUGAACCACUAUGGCAUGGUUCAUGUGGCCAGCGUGAGUGACGUCCUGCUUGACACGUCUUUCACACCGCCUUGUCAGCGCAUGGGAGCCAUGGUGUCAUUCCGCUCCUUCCAGGAGUUCAUCCGAAACAUAACGGAUGUGUUGAGCUGCUUCUCUGAAACUCCUCCUCCAAGUCCAACUUUCCCAGAUGGAGGCAAUCCCGUCCUGUAUGGCGAAGACGACAACAAGAGUGUCCAGGAUGAGCCCAUCCACAUCCUCAAUGUGGCCAUAAAGACGGACUCAGACAUGGACGAUGAUGGGCUGGCAGCCAUGUUUCGAGAGUUCACACAGUCGAAGAAAUCUGUGCUGUUUGAACAUGGCAUUCGAAGGCUGACUUUCCUUGUUGCUCAAAAGGAUUUCAGGAAACAAAUCAACUGUGAGGUGGACCAAAGGUUUCAUAGAGAAUUUCCAAAAUUCUUCACAUUUCGUGCAAGAGACAAGUUUGAGGAGGACAGGAUCUAUCGACACCUGGAGCCGGCAUUAGCUUUCCAGCUGGAGCUCAACCGCAUGCGCAAUUUUGCCCUAACGGCUAUCCCAUGUGCCAAUCACAAGAUGCAUCUGUACCUGGGUGCAGCCCGCGUGGAGGUGGGCACAGAGGUUACAGAUUAUCGCUUCUUUGUUCGAGCCAUUAUUCGCCACUCUGAUCUGGUUACGAAGGAGGCAUCCUUUGAAUACUUACACAAUGAAGCAGAGCGCCUCCUGCUGGAAGCCAUGGAUGAACUGGAAGUGGCUUUCAACAACACAACAGUACGAACUGACUGCAACCACAUCUUCCUUAACUUUGUCCCUACAGUCAUCAUGGACCCGUCAAAGAUAGAGGAGUCUGUGCGCUCCAUGGUCAUGCGUUACGGCAGCCGUUUGUGGAAGCUGCGCGUCCUGCAGGCUGAACUGAAAAUUAACAUCCGCCUGACUCCGACAGGAAAACAAAUUCCCAUCCGCUUGUUUCUAACCAAUGAAUCCGGCUACUACCUGGACAUCAGCUUGUACAAGGAGGUCACCGAUUCCCGAACGGGACAGGUGGGGCCCAAAGACCGACAGAUAAUGUUCCAGGCAUAUGGAGACAAGCAAGGCCCCUUGCAUGGCAUGCUCAUCAAUACGCCGUACGUCACCAAGGACCUGUUACAGUCCAAACGCUUCCAGGCACAAUCUCUGGGGACCACCUAUGUGUAUGACUUUCCAGAGAUGUUCAGACAGGCUCUGAAAAAGAUUUGGCACUCUAGUGAGGCUUACGCUGACCUGCCCAAAAGUCCUCCUCCCUCAGAGCUUCUCACCUUCACUGAACUGGUUCUGGAUGCUCAGGACCAGAUGGUGCAGAUGAACCGACUGCCAGGCGGAAAUGAGAUUGGAAUGGUGGCGUGGAGGAUGACCCUGCGAACUCCCGAGUACCCGGCUGGACGGGAGAUCAUAGUCAUAAGCAAUGACAUCACACACAAGAUAGGCUCAUUCGGACCGCAGGAAGACAUGCUGUUCCUGCGGGCGUCGGAGAUGGCCCGGGAGAGUAGCAUCCCACGCAUUUACAUCGCAGCCAACAGCGGUGCCCGCAUCGGCCUGGCGGAGGAGAUCAGACACAUGUUCCACGUGGCCUGGCAGGAUCCGUCCGACCCCUACAAGGGUUUCAACUAUCUCUACCUCACACCUCAGGACUUCAAGAAGGUCUCUGCUCUUAACUCCGUUCAUUGUGAACACAUAGAAGAUGAGGGAGAAUCCAGGUACAAGAUUACUGACAUUAUUGGAAAGGAGGAAGGUCUGGGUGUGGAGAAUCUGAGGGGAUCUGGGAUGAUUGCUGGAGAAUCUUCUCUGGCUUAUGAGGAGAUCAUCACAAUGAAUCUGGUAACAUGUCGAGCCAUAGGCAUCGGGGCGUACUUAGUGCGACUCGGACAGAGAACCAUCCAAGUGGAGAACUCUCACAUUAUCCUGACCGGAGCUGGAGCCCUCAACAAGGUGCUGGGCAGAGAAGUUUACACGUCCAACAACCAGCUGGGUGGAGUUCAGAUUAUGCACAACAACGGCGUGACCCACUGCACCGUUUGUGACGACUUUGAGGGAGUCUUUACUUUGCUGCAGUGGUUGUCCUACAUGCCCAAGUGUAAAUCCAGUCCAGUGCCAAUCCUGUCUGCAAAGGAUCCCAUAGAUCGGCCCAUAGAGUUUGUUCCUACCAAGACUCCUUAUGAUCCUCGUUGGAUGUUGGCUGGACGUCCCAGUCAGACUCCGAAGGGGUCCUGGCAGAGCGGUUUCUUCGACCAUGGUUCCUUCAUGGAGAUCAUGCAGCCAUGGGCCCAGAGUGUGGUGGUGGGCAGAGCCAGGCUUGGUGGAAUACCUACUGGAGUGGUUGCCGUGGAAACCAGGUCAGUGGAGCUGUCCAUCCCAGCUGACCCAGCUAAUUUAGACUCGGAGGCAAAGCUCAUCCAGCAAGCAGGACAAGUGUGGUUCCCAGACUCUGCUUUCAAAACGGCCCAGGCCAUUAAGGACCUGAACAGGGAGGGCUUGCCUCUCAUGGUGUUUUCCAACUGGAGGGGCUUUUCUGGAGGGAUGAAAGAUAUGUAUGACCAGGUGCUGAAGUUUGGAGCCUAUAUUGUUGACGGUCUACGGGAGUACAAGCAGCCAGUUCUGGUUUACAUCCCCCCGCAGGCCGAGCUGAGAGGAGGCUCUUGGGUGGUUAUAGAUCCCACCAUCAACCCCCGACACAUGGAGAUGUACGCUGACAAAGACAGCCGAGGUGGAGUGUUGGAGCCUGAGGGAACGGUGGAGAUUAAGUUCAGGAGGAAAGACUUGGUGAAAACCAUGAGAAGAGUGGAUCCAGUCUACAUGAGCCUGGCCGAAAGAUUGGGAACCCCAGAGCUGAGCCCCCCUGACCGUAAGGAACUGGAGACCAAGCUAAAGGAGCGCGAGGAGUUCCUGCUGCCCAUCUACCAUCAAGUGGCCGUGCAGUUUGCAGACCUUCACGACACCCCGGGUCGCAUGCAAGAGAAGGGCGUCAUCACGGAUAUCUUGGAAUGGCAGACCUCCCGUCAGUUCUUUUACUGGCGUCUGCGGCGUCUGCUGCUGGAAGACACGGUAAAGAAGAAAAUACAAGCCGCCAACAGCGAGCUGACAGACGGACAGAUCCAGGCGAUGCUGCGCCGCUGGUUUGUAGAGGCGGAGGGGACUGUUAAGGCAUAUUUGUGGGACAACAAUGAAGAGGUGGUGGGAUGGCUGGAGAAGCAACUAGCAGAAGAGGAAGGGGCAAGAUCCAUCAUUGAUGAGAACAUCAAGUACAUCCGCAGAGAUCACAUCCUAAAGCAGAUUCGCAGCCUUGUUCAAGCCAAUCCUGAAGUUGCAAUGGAUUCCAUCGUGCACAUGACUCAGCACAUCUCCCCCACACAGAGAGCGGAGGUGGUGCGCAUUCUGUCCACUAUGGAGACGUCGUCCUCGUCUUAGUCGUCGGCCGGCUCUGCGCCUCAGUCGGAUGUGUGCGCCGAGCAGACAGGGGAGGAGCCAACGUGAUGGCGCUUGGUAGCUGCCAGGUUACUGAUGAGUCGUUGGCAGUGAUUCUCACUGAAAGUUGAAUAAUAUUAGUCAGAACCUUUUGUCUAACAAGCUGUUCACUUUAGCGCUCAUUUUUUUAAAGUGCCAUUUUUUGUCAAUGUAGAAAAAUCGGCAGAGAGAUAUUUAAAUAAUAAGUUUAGAGUUUACUCUGGUUUGUGAAAAGGGCGUUUAUGCUUCUAUGAUGAUCAAUAGUUUCUACAUAUUUGAGGAGAAGUGUUUACAAACUUUACAAACUUCCCAUGUUCCUGAAAAACUGCACUUUAGUGAGUGACAAUUAAAAGUGUUUUGAUGAUAUUUUGCUUGGGGAGUUAGCCAGCGGAGGGUUUUUUUGUUGUUGUUUUUUUUUUUUUUUUGAAUCACUUGGUUACUGAACAAAGACGGAGACUGCUAUGACAGAUUUGGACAGGAAAGCUCAGCAGGGAGCAGGGACGGGGCCCCUUUUUCAACCCCGGCUGUUUCACAGUUACCCUGCAGUGUGGAGAGGGCAGCCCGCCUCACGACAAAACGCACAGCUGCCCCUUCUGUUCUCAGCCACACAUGCUGCUUCACAGGCACUUUAGUGCUUUCUGUUCCCCUGGAACCUGACAACACACUGACCAAACUAAAUAGACACUGGUCAUGUAUUUUUGUGGAGCUUUGGUUAUUAAACCAAAGAAUCCAAGGUCCAAUAGCAAAGUCUUAUGCCUCUCUUGACGUUUGUUACAUGUGUCACUUUCUUUUUAAUCCAUUGAAACUUUUCUACUUAAAAAUUGUCUAUUAAUAUGAAUUCCUGUUGGUUUAAUGGAUUUUUUUUUUCUUUUUGCAUAGAUUGUCUCAAAAAAGGGUGAAUAGAUAUUUAUAGCUUAACAAUAGAUGACUUUGGACUUUUAGAUGAUUGUGUCAUUCACUUUGCAACAACUCUUCCAGCUUCUGGGUCAAAGCUGCCCCCCGUCUGUGUCCAAACUGACACGCCGGCUAGUUGCUUUAUAAGUAAUUGGUCAUUUCCUUCGUGAAGCGGUGAGCUCUAAACGUGUCUGCAAAUGUAAUAAAAGCUUCCCCACCAGCACCA